AUGAAUGAUGCCGAUGAGCUUCUGCAAAAUAUUUUUGGUAUUCUUCAUCAGUCCUUCACCAGCAGCCCAGCCCCAGACACCUUCUCAUCUGAAUCACAUUGCACAAGUGAUAAAUGUUUAGCUCAUAGACUCUUUGGUAUCGACAUUUCUGGGUAUUGUGAGAGCUGUGGUCAAUUGUGGAGGCAUCAAACAUUUUCCGAUUUUUCUCACUCUACUUUCAAUCAUGAGGGUAAAAGCUGGACUAUGUAUGACGAUGCUUAUGUGGAGGUCAUUGGAUGUUGGCAGAAUCUCCUUGACAAGUGUGUAGACAAGCUCUUUCAGCUACGGAUUCUGUUCUUUGAAUCUGAUACCUUCCCGUGCAGUGAUUUGUAUUCUGGUGAUAUAAAGGCGGCAGAUUUUGACUCGUCCCAUUAUUCAGUUAAGUGUCCAGAACUAAAUAAAUGUCCACAAUUUGAUGAUCUCAGAAAAUUUAGUGGGAGGUCUAGCAUUCUAUGCAAUCCAGGAGUUGGGGAAGUGAAGCAAGGUCCAUCAGCUGAAGGUAUUCCUGAAGAGAGUAAAUUGCAUAAUGAUCAAACUGCAAAGGAUGGAGGUGGGGAUUUGCAAAGUGAUGGUCAAAAUGAAAUGAAAAUCUUAAAUCAGGAUAUAAUUCAACCCUUAUGGCAAAUACCACAAUUUCGAAAUGAAUUAACUUGUAAAUCAGCUUCAGAACAUAAGCAUGUUGGACAUCCCUCCAUUUUUCGUGGAUUAGCUGAGAUACUUGUUAAACUAAGUGCAGCACAUAUAAAUACUAGGAGAGAAAUUGUUUCUCCAACCUUCUUAAGCAUUGCCAUUGACAAAUUUUCCUCUUGCGGAGAUCUCUUCCAGGAGGGAAAAAUGAACAAUGCUUUUGAAGUGCUACAAAUUAUUCUUGAUCAUCUUCAUCAGUCCCUUGCCAGUAACCAAGAAUUUUCUCUACCUGAAUCAGAGAAAAGAAAUCAUGUAGGAUCUUUGGAGUGCACAUCUGUCACUUGCUUGGCUCGUACACUCUUUGUUGUGACUUUGGGUGGUGAGGUGCACGACAAGGACGUGAACCCUGCCAUCUCAUUGAGACCAUGCCACAAGGAGGUCAUUGGGAGUUGGGAUAGUCUAUGUAACAAGAGUGUAAAGAAGCACUUCCUGCCACAGAUUCUUUUCUUUGUAGAGUGGGCGCCACCUGAGAUGCACCAAAAGCUGCCUCGUGAAUCUGAUGCAGUCAUUUAUGAAUUGUUGGAAUUAAUGGGAAAGAGAGGAAAGUGA